AGCAAGGCCAGGGAUCGAACCUGCAACCUCAUGGCUCCUAGUCGGAUUCGUUAACCAAUAGAGAUAGAGCUGAGCCACGAUGGGAACUCCCAAGAGACAAUUUUAGAACAAUGGUCUCCAACAGCUAUCUGUCUGGGAAAGCCUUCCAAACUGCAGUGUCACUCACUCCAUGCGCUUAGAUGUUCCUCACCACCUCUCAGACCAACAGUUACAGGAAUGUGGUCAACUUACACUCACAACACUAUUCAUCAGUGUGAAAAUGUGCAAAACUAAACAGAGAUGUCUAUGCUAAGCUCAAGUUCAUGUGCACGGCGGCGAAUGAAUUCUAGAGAUCACUGGGUUGGAACCCCCCAUUUAUAGAGAGGAAAAAACUGAGAUCCGGAGAAGUCAGGCAAUUUUCACACCGUGACACAGUUAGUAACAGGGCCUACAAUAGAAGCCAGUUCUGUUGAUCCCUAGUCCAGAGCCCUCUCUAGUGGAACCCACUUGACACAUUAAGUUCUCGUUUCCUGCUCUAGUCCAGAAAUCCCUUUCCUUAUUAGAAAUCUCCCCAUCGCUUUAUGUCGGUGCAGAAACCAAUGUGCCUGGGUCAGUGAGCAUGCAUGCAAAUGUCUACGUGUCUGUCUGCGAGUAGUAUAAAGCAUAUCACUGGGUGUUUAUGCCCUUUCUUCUAGGGAAACCUCUAGGUAAUUGCAGUUCCUUCUGCCGGCACCUGCACGGAGGUCAGGUGAAGAUCUUCUCAAUCAAUCAUUAACGAGACAACUUGGUCCUCUCUCCAAUAAGCUCUGUUCCUGGGUUGUCAGGAAAGGUAGCCAAGGAAUCAGGGUGGAACCAGACUCUCCCAGGGUCAAACUUGGCUCCAGGGAAGUGAAAGUAUUUAGAGACGAGGCAAUAAGUGGCUUAGACAGAUCAGCAGCAUUCCGUCUCUGCAAGGAGGAUGUGCUCAAGUUAACAUGGAUACCAUCUUGGUUUUCAGCCUCAUCAUUACAUCCUAUGAUGCUCACAAGAAAGAACUCAGAGAUAGCAGCUGCCAAGUAGAACCCCUGCCUAGUCUCUUCCCAAAGGAUGUGAGAAGCAUCAGAGAUGUGCUAAUGCGAGAAGCUCAGGCAGAAGCCAAAAGGUCCACAUUCAUCCAAAAUCAAACGGUGGCUAUUCUACAGUGUAUUGGUUUGGGGAGCAAAGUCAAAAUCAACCUUGCAUAUUCAGAGAAAAGGGGAAAGGUCAAGCAUACUCUGAAGAGCCUGACAAUUGUGGCUGUUCCCCAUGGAAACAGCACUGCCUCGCCAAGCUGUCACCUAACCCCCACAUCCAAGCUCCAGACUGGAUCCCUUGUAAUAGGCAAAGCUUUCUUACCAGGGAUCUCCCAGUGUAAAGCCUAUCCAGUGAUGGGGGCCUCGUCAGAGACUUUUCCUGCCACGACCCCCUCCAUAACUCCUGGGAAUAAAGAAAGAGAGAAGACUACAAGUACUGAUGAUUUUUCUACCCCCUUGAAACAAGACACAGAUGAGGACCUAAAGAAGAGACAGAAAUGGAGCAUCCUGGUCAAAUUUCUGAUUGCUAUCAUCCUGCUGUUAGGCGGAAUCGCCAUUACAGUGUUUGUCAUUUUUGAAGUCCCAUGCCCUACUCAAUGCCUAAGAGUCAGAGAGCAAUGCAGAUGCCAUCGGUUGUGGAGAAGGCAAAAGAAGGAAGGCCAGCAACCUGGGGAAGCUGAAGCCCAGCCUGACUCUCAGCCCAAGAAGGAAAGUAUUCUCUGUAUGGUUAUGGUCAUUUACCUGGAGAAAAUGGGGCUGAUAUAUAAGUCCUGGGAGACAGGGAGCUGCUUUAGUUAUGAAGCAUAUGUGGGUAAUUUUUUUAUGUGUUGGGAACUAGGCAAGCAUUCGUAUUACUGUUUUCUUAACAUCAGCAGGGCUACUAUAUUAUUGAAAAUGCCCAUUUCUUGGCCUCAGAUAUAAUGAAUCAAAAUAGCUAAACUGGGGCCAGGAACCUCAUUUUUAAGCUUUUUAACAAGCUCCCUAAGUAGAGGUGGAUUUACUAUGAAGUUAAUGAAGCUAAAGCUCAGUACCCAUGAAACGUUGUAUCCAGUUGUGUGUUUUUUUUUUCCCCACAGCACACGGAAGUUCCUGGGCCAGGGACUGAACCGACACCACAGCAGCAAUGUGAGCCACAGCAGUAACAAUGCUGGAUCCAUAACCCACUAAGCCACCAGGGAACUCCCCCAUAUACUUUUUAAACAAAAGGUGGCCACAUAUAUAGAAUUACAGCACUGAGAAUGGAUCUCUAAGAUUUAUCUAGUCCAGAAUGGGACACACGUUGCCACUGUUUUAGUUCCAGGUCAUCCCCACCUAUCAAUAAGCAAGCAGAGUGCAACUGGAUGAGUAUGUCCUGGAGGUUUCAUGCACAGCAUAGUGAUUAUAGUGACAGUACUGCAUUAUAUACUUCAAAACUGCUAAGACACUAGAUCUUAUACAUUCUCACCACAAAAAAGAAAUGAUAAUUAUGUGACACGAUGUGUUAGCUAAAGCUACCAUGGUAAUCAUGUUGCAAUUUAUAAAUAUAUCAAGUCAACACGUUUUGUAUACCUUAAACUUAUAAAGUGUUAUAUGAAAAUUAUAACUCAAGCAUGGCUCUCUUUCCACCCAAGCAUGGCUUCAGGAUCUUUCUUA